CCCGGGCAACCCUUCGUCGCAAAACAUUCAACCCUUGAAAGCAGCAGUAGUUAGCCAUCAGUUGCUAGCUAGCUAGCUAGCUUGAAACCACAGCCUUUUACCAGAUACGUGCAAAUUGUGGCAGCUCUGUCAGGACCUAUCUCGUGUUGUUAGCCAGGCUAGCUGGCCAGGGACAACGUUGUUUGGAAGUCGCCGGUAAUAAAGGGUAAUGUUGUAUUACUAACGUAAGUUAAUAAUUUAAGUUACAUCAGUCUAGAUAAUCACCGAACUUGCAAGUGUAAUCAAAGUUAACUAGAUCCGGCUAAGAAUAUACAUUUUGCUAAGGAGCUGCACAGUUGGCUAACGUUAGCGAACAAUCAAGCCACGUAGCUAGCUUGUUAGCUAGCUAGCGUUAGUAAUCUUGCCAACAACCAUCUCGCGCUAACUUGCUUGUCUAGCCUGCAGGCGUUAUUUCAAUUUAAUAGCCUGGAACAUAGGAGUACAGUAAUGAAACAUUUUGGGGCCUGCUGAAAAUAUACGUUGCCUCUUCAUCCCUGAGCAACCCGAAGAAGGCUAACUAGAUAUCUUAUCUAGCGAACAUCGUUAUCAUGACUUCCAGGCGGAGUAAUGUUAGUUGUAGCGGCGACAUGGAACCAUCUCCAUCAGGUAGUAAUAGUACAAACAGCAGUGGUAAUCGUAAACAAAGUAUAAUCAACCCCCAAAACAGAGUUGUUUCAGACUCUUAUUAUGAUCGCAAGGUAGAUAAGCCAGGAUACGGUAAUUCCUUAGCCUCACAGGUCAAGAACGUGACAGUAUCGUCUUUAAAGACACGUUUAGCUCCGACCAUCCGAUCUGCAUUAACCGUAGCAGUAGAUACCCUCUUGGGCGAGGUAGUUCUAGUUUUAAACGAGACUCAACAAGAAUUGAUUAACAAGGAGCAGGAAAAUGAAAGACUCAAAGUGCGCCUCGAGGUAUCCGAGAGAGAAAUGAGGACUUUGCAAGAAUGUCUGAGCAGUGCGCAAAAAUUGAUUGAUCAGCUUCAAAUACCGUACUCGGGGUCCCAGACUGUAAAUCAGUCAGUCUUUGCACCCUCAAUGUCCUCUAUUGGGUCCAUGAAUACUACUAUGGACAGGAACAACCAGAGCCCACAGAAUGUUAAUGGGUCCGAUGCCCGGUGUGUGGCCGGGGUCAACCUUGGGCUGGGUGGCCCUUUGGAUGACUCUCUUCAUGGAUAUGACAACAGAGAUGACUACAAAAUGUGUCAGCUUUCAAUUCAACCAGAUGGGUCUGUGACAAAUCACUCUCUGGAUUCCUUUCAUACCAACCCGUCUAUCUGCUCUGACUCCAGGCCAGAUGAUAGGCAGUCCCAGGGAGCAAGCGGAGGGUCCAGGUUUGAGGUGAAAGAGGAGCAGGGGCCUGGUCUAGGAGUGAACCAGCCAUGCAGGAGAGGCCCAGGGCCCCGGGGAGAUGGCAGGGCAGGUGAACCAGAGCAAACAGCCCAGAGUGUGGGGGACCUGGGCCACAUCCACGUGGUAGAGGAAGACGCAGCAGCCCGCUCCCUCAGCUACCCUCUCCGCCACCCAAGACCCGCACGACCACGCUCCGGCCCUGGCGCUGAUGGACUGAAACCAGUAGCCAGGCCUCCGGGGCCUGUGAGGUCGGACAACGUGUCCCCAGGGAGGGCAGAGGGAUCAGCGGGGCCGUCGACCUCUGACCUGGCUGUGGAACCGGACAGUGAUCGUCCACACCACUGCCUGGAGUGUGGGAAGACCUUCCGCCUGAUAUCCAGCCUGAAGAAGCACAUUCGCAUCCACACCGGAGAGAAGCCCUACCCGUGUGGAGUCUGCGGCCGGCGCUUCCGCGAGUCGGGGGCUCUUAAAACCCACCUCCGGAUUCACACUGGGGAGAAGCCGUACUCCUGCUCCGAGUGCGGCAACAGCUUCCGCCACCUGGACGGCCUGCGCAAGCACCGGCGCACCCACACCGGGGAGAAGCCGUACGUGUGCGCCAUCUGCGGCAAGCGCCUGAGUCGCCUACAGCACCUCAAGCACCACCAGCUCAUCCACACUGGGGAGAGGCCCUGCUCCUGCCCCUUCUGCCACCGCAGCUUCAAGGAGCCGGCUGCCCUCCGCAAGCACGUGCGUACCCACCGCGACGAGCCCGGCCAACUGGAACCAAGCAUCGGCACCGGGGAAGAAAUAGACCCAGAUGCCAUGGACGACAUGAACAACCUGCAUCCGGCUGCUCCUUCCCCCCAGAUGAGGUUUGGCGAGUGGGGACCUGAAGGGGAAGACAGCUCGGUUGUGGACUGUGUGUAAUAAGGGCCAGAGGUGAGGGCCUCCAUCAGGGUUUUGCCCGCUGAGAAGUGCAUACUACAGUAACGACGGAGCUAGAGCCCACUCUGUCUUCCUAUACCAUUACUGUUCCUCAUUCUCUUCAAUUUAGCCCCCCCCCAUAUAUAAAUAUAUCCAUAUAUACAGAAGCCACACCCAGCCUUAGAGUGUUCAGUAAUCAGGGUAGCUCAACAUGUCAGAGACACUUCCAUGUGCCUGCCCCCGGACAUCUCUUCGUGCUCUAGAAUCUUUUAGAUGUGAAAAUAGCUUUUAGAAUAUCAAGUGUACAACUUUUUUUUUCUCCCCAGUAAUUGCUUGUAAUCUCCAUCCUUAAAUGUAAAAAAAAUAAAAAAAACAUAAAAGAAAUUACUACCUAGGCAAUGUUUGUUGAAAACAUCCCUUAUGGUGCUCAUUGUGUAUGUUGAGAUGGAAUGGAGAUAUAUGCAACCAUGUCCAAAGAUAAUUAUUUGGAAAUGUACCAGUUCCUUUUUAACGAUUAAUACUAGUGUUUACUGUAAAUAUGUAUUUAUCAGCAUCUUUCCGUAUAUUAGGCAGAAGGGCAAAACAUAUCUUCCUUGCCUGUGGUGGUCAUAGUGGUCAUAGUGGAGUUGUUUACUCCUAAAGCACUCUGGCCUGAUCAGAGUGUGUGAUCAGCUAUGUGAAUCAUUGUACAAUUACUGCAAGACAAAAGUGCACAACAAAGCCUGUUGAUGAGGUAGUGAUGCGUACAACCCAAAAUAAAAAUGAUUUGAAAUGAGCACCUGACCUGGAGUUAAUCCUGGUAUACACAUAGUGGGCUCUCCUGACCCAUGGUAACAGGGUACUGCAUUCUGUGUGUUUUUGCACGUUGAUUUGAAUUGAAAUGUUGAAUAUUUGACUUGAAUUUAGUAUGAAAUAUCAAAUGAUUUGCCUUUUUGACUUGACCUGUGUUGUAAAUGUAUUUUUUAUUCAUAUGAUGCAUCCAGUUAACCUGUCUUAAUGUUAUACUAUUAAAGGACCUUUCUUGA